ACAAUCGGAAAACAGUACCGGAUGUUUACUUCAAAUCGCGCGAUACCAGAGCAAACGAGAGUUGAAGCCGUUCUUUCUCUACCGGAACUUCGGGCAAGAUGGCAGACGCCGACAUCAAGAAGAAGCGUACCUUCAGGAAGUUCACCUUCAGAGGUGUGGACCUGGACCAGCUUCUGGACAUGUCCUAUGAGCAGCUUAUGCAGCUCUACUGUGCACGCCAGAGGAGGAGGCUUAACCGUGGUCUGCGUCGCAAGCAGCAGUCCCUUCUGAAGCGUCUGCGUAAGGCAAAGAAGGAGGCUCCUCCCAUGGAGAAACCAGAGGUGGUCAAGACCCACCUGAGAGACAUGGUCAUUCUGCCUGAGAUGGUUGGGUCCAUGGUUGGUGUGUACAACGGCAAAACAUUCAACCAGGUUGAAAUUAAGCCUGAGAUGUGCGGCCACUACUUGGGCGAGUUCUCCAUCACCUACAAGCCAGUCAAGCACGGUCGCCCUGGUAUUGGUGCCACACACUCUUCACGUUUCAUCCCUCUGAAGUAGAUUGGCUGUAUUAUUUGUAUAAAUAAACAAAAAUCUGGGUUCCCAA